AUAUGCGUCCGAACUUCGAUGUGUUAUAUUUCCGAGAUUUCAGUAGAUUUAAUGAGCGCAAACCGCAAAAGAUCGAAGACCUUUUGUGCGCAUUGCCUUCGGAGCAAAAGAGAAAAUUCCCGCUCAACCAUCCCCAACUCCAGUGAGUCGACUCCAGGGCCGCUCGCUCCUCGGUCGGUUCGAACAAGCAGUGCCUGUGCUUGGUCAAAUAUGGCUACGGAAAAUUGAUAUUUCCGACUGAUGUGAACAGUUUUGCAGUAAAAAAAUUACAAUAGUUCAUAAUGGCUGUGUAUCUUAUUAUUAUAACAAAAGUAAUAAGAUAAUCUAAUUAACAAAAAUGUUAGAACCGUAUUCUCCUAGUUUGAUAUGGCUGAUAGUAUUAGGAUUUAUAAUAGCAUUUAUUUUGGCAUUUGGAAUUGGUGCGAACGAUGUGGCCAAUUCAUUUGGGACAAGUGUGGGAUCCAAAGUGCUGACCAUAUUUCAAGCAUGUUGCCUGGCCACCUUUUUCGAAGUUGCUGGGGCUAUAUUAAUUGGUUACAAAGUUUCUGAUACAAUGAGAAAAGGAAUAUUAGAUGUAAAUUUAUACAAAAAUGAUGAAAUAGAACUGAUGCUAGGGUGUCUGAGUGCACUUGGUUCUAGUGCAGCAUGGCUGAUAGCAGCUACAUUUUUAAAGUUACCUAUUUCUGGUACACAUAGCAUAGUUGGUGCCACAGUGGGAUACAGUCUGGUAGCAAGGGGAACAAAUGGUGUGCAUUGGUGGACUUUGGGCAAAAUAGUUGGAUCUUGGUUCAUUUCUCCAGUGCUGAGCGGUUGCACUUCCAUCCUUUUUUUAUGGAUAAUAAAAAAAUGUAUUCUGAGCAAGCCCAAUCCUGUGGAGUCAGGACUUUUCUCCCUCCCUCUGUUUUAUAGUUUUACCAUUUUCGUGAAUGUGUUCUCAAUUAUACACGAUGGUCCCAAGUUGCUCUAUAUGGAUGAUAUACCUUUAUGGAUGGCGAUGACUAUAAGCGUUUCCAUAGCAGUUAUUGCCAUGUUCCUCAUAUGGUUGUUCGUAGUGCCUCUUCAGCGUGGGAGGUUGGAAGCUGAAGCCCGAAAUCAGAAAAACGGAGUCAAUUUCAAUAUUGGGGAGUCUUCAGAUACUUCCCCAGAGGGAAGCCCUAGAAAAAGGCACUCUGCAAAUUUAGAACGUCAAUUAACUGUGAUCUCUGAGAAUACGGAGUUGCAAGCAAUGGAAAACAAACUGACUGCUGCAAAGUAUAUUUUUCCAAUACAGACAGCGGACAGCAAAAACGGUUAUACCCCUGCCAAAGACUCAAACGUCCAAAAACAGCCGGAAAGACCUAAAGAGCUCAAGUUAGUUGAAAGUAAGGUAGAUGUUAAUCCAGUUUUAUCGCCGAGUUCCAGUGGAGUUCCACUGAUAAUGAACAAAAGUGCUGUGCAGCUACAACCAACCAAAACUUGUGCGUUGGAAGUGCACGAUGAAGCGGAAACUGCUGAAAAUAAAGGUGUCUCACAAUUGUUCAGCUUUCUGCAGAUUUUAACAGCGAUGUUUGGAAGUUUUGCUCAUGGAGGUAACGAUGUAAGCAAUGCUAUCGGCCCUCUAGUGACUCUUUGGCUCAUCUAUACAGAGGGAAGUGUUCAACAGAAAUCAGAAACCCCAAUCUAUAUUCUUCUUUAUGGGGGCUUUGGAAUUUCCGUCGGUCUUUGGUUGUGGGGACGAAGAGUCAUUCAGACAAUUGGAGAAGACCUGACUACAAUCACACCAUCGACCGGAUUCACAAUAGAAAUUGGCGCUGCCUUUACAGUAUUAUUGGCCAGUAAGAUCGGAAUACCCAUAUCAACCACACAUUGCAAGGUGGGAUCAGUUGUCUUUGUUGGCUAUUUUAGCACCUCGAAGAAAGGUGUCGACUGGAGUUUGUUCAGGAAUAUUAUAUCAGCUUGGGUUGUGACAGUUCCAAUAGCUGCAGUUCUUUCUGCUGCUAUGAUGUUUUCGUUGCGCUGGGCCUUUUUGUUAUGAAUUAAGCUUCAUAGCUCCUUUCUUCAUAAGUCAAUGUUAACUACUUAGGACAUGAGCCAUCAUUAUUUAUUUAUGUAUUUUACUUACCGUUCUAGCUUCUAGGAAAUAGCUCUAGAAAAUAAAAAUGUCCAUUCCAAACAAUUCCCCUAAAAAAUCGAAGUGUCUAGUCGUUCAGAAAUAUUUGAAAUUCGAUGUCUUAGACUAAUCAAUAUUUUCGUAUUUUUUUACCGUUAUUUUUUGCUAACUUCUUCAGGAAUAGAAAAACUGAGCACUCAAUUUAAAUGGCAAACUCAUAUGGGAAUAUAUAGCACAUAUUUUAAUUUGACUAUUAGAACUGGAACAAAAAAUAGAUGAAUGUUGUUAGAUGAAACAAUAAGUGAAAUUUAGGUGGCAGAAAUUGAUGCUAGUGAACAAAGAAUUGUAUCCAAAACUUGAGGAGUUUGAAACCAAUCAUCUUUUUAUAAAAUUAUUUAGUUCGAUAUUAUUAUAUAAGUCAUUGCUGUGCAAUCGUUUAUAUCUUACUUGUAUAAAAUUUAGCUGAAAUAUUUUUUUAAAUAUUUGAUAUAUGUAAUAACUUAAUUCCUAUCAAUUAAUCAACGAUUAUUUUUCAACUCCCGUACCUGAACUCAACGGACACGUAGAUGGAAAAGCAUAGCUAGAAGAAAUAAGGUUCUAAUUUUAUUUUAAUAUACAGGGUUUCUCACGCAAAACUUCGCUCUGCCAUAUACACUAAAUUGAAAGAAAUUUCGUUUGCAACAGCAGUGAGAACCAUUGUUUUCUGAGAUAUCGUCUACCUAAGCUAAGGGAUUGAGAAACACUGGAUAUAGAAUUUUUGAAUCCUUAUAUCAUUUUGAGAUCAAAUGUAAACUUUCAAGGUAUACUUUUUAUUUUCGAAAAUAUUUACAAAUUCUGCUAAUAUACACUGGACAGUUGGAAAAUUGUGCCUAUUUUGUUUGAUAGAAUUUGACAUUUUUCGGAAAACAUUCAACUAAAAUUCACUUUCUAUAUAGUGUGACACUGAAAAAAUCUGUGAUUACAAGAAAAAUAUUCAAUUGUGUCUUGUUCGCAGUUACUGUUGAAAAAGAUGUUAUCAAGUGAGAAUACAAUGAACUGGUGUAACCUUCUAAAUCCGGACAAUUAGGAGUGAGUUUACUGAUCAUAUAAAAUCACUUGAUAAAAUUUUCUUUGUACUUAAAAAUGAUAAGUUAAUUGUUUCUGAAGUAUAUUUUUAUUAUUGUUAUUAUAAGAAUGUACAUGGGUCACAUCAAGAUGUAGAACAUAAAUAAAUUUUUUAAAAAACAUGAA